GGGGUGAUGGCUGGGCGGCCAAGCCGGGCCCUGCCCGCGGGCUGAGGAGAAGGGGGCGCAGCGCCCGGGACGCGAGCAGAGGGGCACCAGGCGGCGGCCUAGGUGGCGCUUUCACUGAAUUAGCGGCCUGGGCUCGAAAGUGUGACCCGCCCUGAACGUAGCUCGGCCGCGGUGCAGUAAACAGGGGCACCUCCUGGAGCUGUUCCACACUGCGGCGUCUUGCGCAGCUCAGGGGUGGGGGAAGCAGAAUCGGCUAGAACCCCCCCCUCCCCUCGUGCUCCUGCUUCUUGCUGUCUAACCAGGCUUAAAGGCCCAGCUCCUCAGCGGCAUCUAGGCACCUAACUCCCAUUGAUGUCAGUGGAAGUCAGGCACCUAAAUGCUUUUGAGGAUCUGGCCCAAAGUAGCUGCCAGCUGUGUGGCACUGGCAUGUAUGACUGCUGCAGUUGGACCUACAGCAUGUUAAAGCUGGACCUGGCAGUUCAUUAUCAAAGGCUGCACAUAAAAUCAAGAAACUUGGCAGUUACGAGAACGCAAAUGAGGGAAUAAUAGCAGAGCACCCUUAUAGUGCAAAGCACCAGCCAGGAAACGUGUUUUUAGGCUGAAAAAUUAAAGGUGGUAUUAUGGGGUUUCAUAUUAACCUGCAAAGUCAGCCUGGAAUCUGAAAGUCAAGCUGAGCUCUCGCUUGUACAUUGCCAACAAUAGAGAUUCUGGAACCUGAUUACGGCACUAUGUCCCAGAUAAAAACAGAAGAUGAACUAAUCCUUUUUGAAAAAGAGAUCAAAGAAUUUUGGACAAAAUUCAAAAGCAUUUGUGGUAGUGAACACGCCAACCAGACUUUGGGACUAAGAGAAUCAUGCAAGGAGUCCAUAAAAGCACUCUCAGAGAAGUGGUCCAAGAAGUUAAAAGAAGGGGAUCUAAUGAUUGACAAAAUUCAGGAAUACAGAAAUGAGAUUCUCCAGCAGAACAUAUGCAUUGAAGAAAAGCAAGAGAACUUAACUGAAAUUAAUUCCAAAAUAAAGCAUGAAGAAGAACAAAAGAGAGACUUUAUUGAUCGUAUCCAAGAGCUCAAGGAAGAGUUGACCAGAAAAAAGGAAAUUAUAUCUGCUAAAAACAAGGCCACCAAAGAGAGGCUGGAAAGAUUGAAUAAGUCUAAAGAACUGUUUGAAGAGCGGCUUGGGCUAGAAAUACGCAGAAUUUAUGAUGAACAAUUGCAGUUUAUAUUUCGAUGUAUUGACCACAAAGAUCCUGACAAGCCAUACAUGUUUACUCUCUCUAUAAAUGAACAGGGAGACUAUGAAGUGACAAGCAGCUCUCCUCCUCUGGAUUGUAUAGCAGAACUCCAGCUAAAAGUGAGAGAAACCAACAACUUUGCUGCAUUUAUUGCCAACAUCAGAAAAGCUUUUACAGCUUUGUCUUAUAAGUAAUCUGCAACUCUAUGUAAAAUUGGCUUCAUACCUCUCUUCCUGUCCCUGUGUGCAUUCCUUGCUCUUCCUUUUUGUAUUAACAUAACAGUGGAGUGAAAGGAAAUAUUUAUGUAUGUUUUAAUAUUCCAUUUUCUAAAUAAAGAAAAAUGGUGAAAUGUUUUAGUCCA